AUGUCCGACCAGAUUGAGGAACAAGAUUUUAUUAUUGUAACUGUUGACGACAGUGAUGAUAACAAUGAUGAUCGCAGUACUGAGACAGUGGAAGAUUCUGAAAGAGCAGAUAAUUCCACCAAUGACACAGCAGAUUAUUCCACUGAUGUCACAGCCAUACAACCAAAUUUUCCAGGUGCCAGUGGUGACCAUCACCAUCCACUCCAAAUGUCAUACGGGUCUCACUUUGUCACCCAGGCUGGAGUGCAAUGGCACAAUAACAGCUCACUGCAGCCUCAACUUCCCAGGCUCAAGCAAUUCUCCCACCACAUCAGUCUUCCCAGUAGCUGGGAUGACAGGUGCAUGCCACAUUUACUUUUUGUCCAUGGUGGCCAAACAGUUUCACAAAUGCAACACCUAGUUGAUUUAAGAAGACACAGCUACAACUUAGAGGAAGUGGAUUUGUCCAGAAGAGGAGGAUUAUCUACUCCAGAGGUACAUUCUCAGGAAACCUAUGCCUGGGCCAGCCCUGCAGGAACAUCUUUUGGGUCAGCAGCAUGUUUUGGACUGCGGGAGGAAGACUUCAGGGAGAGUUCAUCAUAUCCCAGAAUUAUCUUCACACAUUCAUUACAGCAGUAUGUUGCACAAGGUGGCUCAUUUCCUUGUUGCUGUAUGCCGCCUAACUUUAUCAGUGGAGGUGCUGAAAGUACCCAUGUUGUCAUCUCAUCUGCCCACUUUACUACAGCAGUACCUAUGGCAGGUCUGCUACCAGGAGAACCCAGUCUGGCAAAUAACCCUGAUGUGGUGAAUUAUUCUGCUCUACUGGUAAAUGAAAAUGUGGGCCUAGGUAGAGCCUCACCAUCUUUCUGCAUCAGUCCUAAUUUGGAAUCUGGCUCACAAAUGAGUUCUGGGACAAUGAGCUACUCAACUGUUAUGAAAAAUAACUGUGACCAAGAUGAUGCUUCAGCAUCUGCCUGCCUCACUCCCGAAUUUGUACGGUUACCUCUAGACAUUUUGGUAAAAGUAGACACUGGCAUGGAAAACAGCCUCAACACAAUGGAUUGCUCAACUUUAUUGGACAGUGACAAUGGCCAGGAUUCAUCUUCAUCAUCUGUCUGUAUCCUUCCCAAGUAUGGCUAUCUUGGUGAUCCAAAAAGAGAUGUCAAGGUACUUAACAUUCAUUUGCUGGCCACACGAAAUAUGGCCAAACCUAAGCACGCAGCCUGCUACUUGGUUCAUGUUUUGUUCUCCAAGAAAAUCCUGAUUAGCAGCUCAGAGGAUAUCCAUUUGAAAGACUACCAAUCCCUCAACCCAAACAAAAUGGCUGCAAUUAGAGAAUAUCUGGCAACAAUUUUUCCUACCUGUGAUUUGUGUGAACAUGGAAAAGACUGGCAAGACUGUAUUUCUGGUAUCAAUUCUGUGAUCUACUGUUUAUGUUCUGAAGCCAAGAUGACUCCAAAAACUGUUGGCAAAAAUAAAAACCCUACCAACCCUGUUGCACUGGCAUCUGCCAGUAGAAAUGACCAAAGGGACAGAGAUGGUGGUGAAGGCAGUUCUUGGAUGUUUCCACCAAUGAAUGAUUCUGAAAUGAGAGAAAAUGAGAACUUGCAACCAAAUAGUAAUGCUGUCCCUGAAGAAAUGCAAGAACCUUCCACUGAUAACCCAGAGGAAUCUAGUGAAGCAUUGGGCUAUUUUGGAAAUUCAUGCAGAAAUAUACUGAUGCCACGUUCAGUAAUGACUUUGGCAAAAGCUAGGCCUCGCGCAAACUUGUCGGCUAGAUACCUUAUUCACAAACUCUUCACAGAAGAUGUCCUGAUCCAAAGUAAUGUCUAUGGCAGUCGGGGGCGUGGCCUGUAUCCCCUUGAUCCCAAUAAGAUUAAUGCUCUCCGAGGUUUACAUGUAGAGUAUGUCUGA